UGAAUAGCGUCUUUCUGUGUGAAAGCUUUGAUUUGAGAAUCGUGAUAUGGAUCUAAUUGGACUGGUUCGAUGAGCGGUUGGGUCAUUGUAAUUGCCUCAAAGAAAGUAUUCAUCUUUUUCCUUCACGAUGAGAGAACGGGGACAAAGGCGCCGAGUGAAUUGCUGGUGGAUUGUCGGGAUUUUGUUGCUGUGCUUUGGUGAGCGGAUUUGGGCUCAGCUAAGAUACUCUGUUCCAGAAGAAGUACACGUGGGAUCCCCUGUUGGAAAUGUUGCAAAGGAUUUAGGCCUUGACAUUAGCACUUUGACAGACAGGCGGUUUCGUAUUGUUUCGGGGCCCAAUCAUGCCCUGUUUCAGUUAAAUCAAAACAAUGGCGUGUUGUAUAUUGGAAAAAAUACGGACCGGGAGGAGCUCUGUGAUGGAAUCAAGGUUUGUGUGAUAAACCUGAAAAUUGUUGUUGAAAGCCCACUGGAAAUACAUUACGUCGGUGUUGAAAUAACGGAUGUUAAUGACCAUUCACCGACUUUCCCAGAAAGCGAGCAGCGAUUGGAAAUAGCAGAGCAUACUCCUCCAGGUACCCGCUUCCAAAUUCAUGCUGCUAGAGACCCUGAUGUCGGUGCACAUUCGGUCCGAUUAUAUAAAUUGAGCCCAAAUGAAUUUUUUGAUACUGAAAUCAGAGAAAACGAGGAAGAAAAGAUACCGGUUUUAGUGCUGAAAAAGCCUUUGGACAGGGAGCAAAAGGCAGAACACCAUUUUGUGUUAACUGCUCUUGAUGGUGGCAGUCCACCGAAAUCUGGGAGCCUUAAUUUAACGAUCAGUGUGCUUGAUGCAAAUGAUAAUCGCCCUGUGUUCAGCAAAGAUACAUUUACUGUGUCAUUAGAUGAAAAUGCACCGAUUGGAGCUCUUGUAAUAACAUUAAACGCUACAGAUUUAGACGAAGGUUCCAACAGUGAAAUUGAAUACACGUUUGGAAAAACACAAAAGAAAAAAGUGCAUGACACAUUUGAAUUGGACAGGGUCACUGGUGAGAUUCGAGUCAAAGGAAAAGUGGACUUUGAGGACACGGAGAUUUAUAGACUAGAUUUGCAAGCUUCAGAUAAAGGACAGCCACCCUGGACCGCUGAAAGUAGAGUUGUGAUAAAAAUAAAAGAUUUGAACGACAAUACGCCAGAUAUCGAAGUAACAUCAUUGUCUAAUGUAGUACGAGAAGAUUCAAAGCCUGGCACCGUUAUCUCUCUCAUCAGUGUUACGGACAGAGAUUCUGGGGUUAAUGGGAAAGUUAUUUGUAAAAUAUCGAAUAGUGUUCCGUUUGAUUUGACGCCAUCCAUUGAGGAAAACAUGUUUUCUCUUGUCACGAAGGGGCGUUUAGAUCGAGAAACUGUGUCCUACUAUGACAUCGCAAUAACAGCUACCGACAGCGGUGAACCUCCACUGUCCACUAUAAAAACCUUGAGCGUCCAGGUGUCUGAUGUAAAUGACAACAGACCAAUGUUCAGCCAGAAUCCACUUGAACUUUAUCUGGUAGAAAACAAUGUCCCGGGCGCAUCAAUACUUUCCGUAAGUGCUGCUGAUAAUGACCUUAAUGAAAAUGCAGUGAUAACGUACCACAUUGUGCGAGGUGAUGGGCUGCAGGGUGAUAUGACAUCUUUCCUGAAUGUAAAUUCUGAAACCGGACAAAUAUCAGCGCUAAAAAGUUUCGACUUUGAAACUCUGAAAACGUUCCAGUUCCAAGUUGUUGCCUCCGAUUCUGGAACUCCGUCACUGAGCAGCAACGUCACAGUGAACGUGUUCAUUCUGGAUCAGAACGACAACGCUCCAGUCAUCCUGUAUCCAGUCAGCUCUAACGGUUCUGCUGAAGGUGUGGAGGAGAUUCCCCGCAAUGUGAACGCAGGACACUUGGUGACUAAAGUCAGAGCCUAUGACGCUGAUAUAGGAUAUAACGGCUGGUUACUCUUUUCACUGCAGCAAGUCACUGACCACAGUCUCUUUGGUUUGGACCGCUAUACAGGACAGAUCAGAACACUUCGCUCCUUCACAGAGACAGACGAGGCUGAGCACAAACUGCUCAUACUGGUCAAAGACAAUGGGAACGUGUCGCUCUCAGCAACAGCUACUGUGGUGGUCAAACUUGUGGAGCCCAAAGAGGCUUUUGCAGCUUCUGAUGUUAAAAGUUCAGCCAAAGAUGAGGAGGGGACCGAUGUGACUUUUUAUCUGAUGAUAACUUUGGGCUCAGUUUCUGUACUUUUUCUCAUCAGUAUCAUCGUGCUGAUUGCAAUGCAGUGCUCUAAAACCACAGACUAUACUUCUAAAUAUCUGCAAGAGACUAAUUAUGACGGGACACUGUGCCACAGCAUCCAGUACAGAUCUGGAGAGAAACGGUACAUGUUAGUUGGACCCAGAAUGAGUAUAGGAUCUACUAUAGUCCCGGGCAGCCACGCGAAUACACUAGUGCUCCCUGACAGGAGGAGGGGAUCUGGAGAGGUAAGCUCAUGUUUCGAUUUUAAUUAA